GCAGCCCCGCCUGUCGAUUUAGAGCGCUUCAAGUAGCGGAGUUGACUCCCUCCCAAAGUUGUGUAAGCGUGGCGCGCAGGUGGCUUUGCUGCUUACGAGAGGGAGAGCGUCCUUCGCUCCCCGUUUGUUCGCCCGGCCUGCAGAGACCCCAAGUUCGAGACAUUCCCGUGAGUACUGGCACAUGAACAAGCGGGCCGGGCAUAUAUAACUUUCUAUUGCAUGAACUCCCAAGAGCUCGACGAGUCGGAGAUACAGAAACCCCAGGAGGUCCUGCCCUUGGCUAUUUCUUUCUUUUGUCGUGAACGAGGGAAGGCCCUACCGCACCCCACCGCCUGUGCUGCCUUGAGAAACCUUCGAACGGUGGAACGACCCUACCCGGAAAUUUCGCCUGCAUCACGAAGCCUUUACCGAAAUGACCCUCAAGCAUGUGAAAACAGGGCGCCCAGGGGCCCCCUCUACAUCUGACGCCUCGUCAGAGUCAGAGCAAACACCCGUCACUUCUGCCCCUUCCACCCCGGCUCAAAACACUUCGCAACUCCUCGACCCUAUCUCCUCCACGAAAAGCUCACCUCAGAGGAAAAAGAAGGGCAAGCGUGGGAAGCGCCUGUACAAACUGGGUGACGGUGCACUUGCCGCUGCUGCAGCCGCUAAAUCCGAGCAGAUGAAAGCGGGAGAGGAGGAGGAGCCCACUGGGAAGAAGAGGUGUGGCAACUGGCGGCGGGUGUCAUUGGCCGGAGGGGCCUUUGUGGACACGCCGGUCGUCUUUUCCCUGGAUACGAGUACGUUCUUUUGCAUCACUGGUGCUCGUGUGAAGGUUCACAGCGCAAAGACAGGGUUGGCCUUGCGGACGUUGCAGUCGACGUCCGAGUUACCCAAUAUUAGGUGCACUGCUGUCAAUCUCGAUCCGGAAAAUGGAGACCAGAUCUACUCUGCUGCGACGGACGGCGUUAUUUCCCUUUGGAACUUUCGUAGUGGAUCGCUGGUGCAGCAAUGGAAUACAGGCAGCGCAAUCCUCGAUAUGAAGAUUUCACCCGCAUCCUCACGACACGCCUUCCUGGUCUGCACGCGCAACAAAUUCAACCCGAGCACACCCUCUAGACAUGUGCUCGCCCGAUACAAUUUCAAACAGGGAAAGAAAAGUACGAUUCUCCAGUUACACCACGAGUUCAUCGACAUGGAUAUGGCCCGUGAUGGCAGGUUGCUCUCCAUCGCGUCGAGAGAUACUGCUUGGGUCGUUAGCUGUGAGGAGCCUCACAACGCAACCAAAUGCCCCAGUCCCUCGCAAAGAAUCCCUCUGUCAUCCGUUGCGAUGCAUCCGAAAGGCGAGUUCAUCGCCGUAGGGGACCUCAUGGGGCAGAUCACGCUCGUGCAUGUGCCGUCCAUGCUGUCGGGAGAGCAUGUUGCAAGAUCCGUCUUGCAUUGGCAUUCGCAUCGUGUCAGUGGAAUGGUUUUCACGCCUGAUGGCGAGUAUCUUCUCUCCGGCGGCAACGAAGCUGUCCUCGUCAUCUGGCAGCUAAACACACGCGACAAGCAGUUUCUUCCUCGGCUUGGGUCUGCCAUCCGCACCGUCGCCGUGAGCGCCGACCAGUCCGUGUACGCCGUCACGCACACUGACAAUUCUAUGCGCCUUGUGGAAGCAGCGAAUUUGAGGCAGAGAUUCUUGCUUGCGGGUUUACCUGUCGUUGAUGCGGUGGGAGCGCCGGAAAAGGGGUGGAAGAUGACAACCGAUGCCAAUAACAAUGCGGUGGUGUUGUACGGACGGAGCGGCAAACUGCACUUCUAUGACGUGGACGGGGACAAGCGUAUUCAGGAGAUCGAAAUCACACCUUCCAACGCCGCCUUGGCGCUUCGAAAGUCCGAAAGCUCGGCCAUUGUCGCCAACGUAUCACAUGUUGCGCUCACCGCCGAUAGCACUUGGAUGCUGACCGUCGACGAACGGUCCCGCCCGUCAGUCGCGCUUCCCUUCGAGUCGCGCCUCAAGUUCUGGAAAUACGACCCCAAUGCAGGAACUUAUCUCAUCUCCACUCGCGUCGACCGCCCUCACGAUGGAGAGGUUACUGCUGCAGCCAUGGGGCCGAAAAGCCUUCAGCCCCUUAGAGCAGCGACGGCAGGGCGUGAUAGAUGCUUCAGAGUCUGGAGGCUGAGCAAGGUUGCGGGCGACGAAGAGGCUAGCGAGGAAGAUGCUUGGACCUGCCACUUUUCGGGAUCGUACCGCAAUAUGAUGCCGACGAGUGUUUCGUUUUCGAGUGACGGAUCGUUGAUAUCCGUGGCUUUUGAGCAGACCAUCACGUUGUGGGACUGCGCGGGGAGCAUCCUCCAGUCAGUCCUCACGUCCCCGUCCCAGUCCCCUCUCUCGCGGGUGGACUUCCUAGCGGGAUCAAGCUACCUCCUCACAUCUUCGGACACGCAUAUUCAUGUGUGGAAUUUAUUGACUGGCACAUUAUGGUGGACCGUUUGCAUCAACUCGAGCCACAUCGCCAUCGACACGCAAGACGCGCGUUUCGCGGUUCUCUUCCACACAUCUCCAUCUCACGACACCACUACUACUCCAUUCGCCUCCCACAUCGCCCUCUUUGACGCCGACUCGCCGACGCCGCUCGCUACGUUUUCAUCAGCCGCGUCGCCCGGCCCUCGCGCGGCAACGUUCUUGCCUCCAGCCGGUAAGGAGCAGGCCUCCAAAGGAAGACGGGGAAAGUCGAGACUGGUGGUUUUGGAUGGGGGAGCCGAAUUGGAGCUGUUUGCAGAAGAGGAGAUGCGUUUGGGUAUGGGUGUCAAGGCGCCGAACAUGACCGCCGCGCGUGAAAAGAAUCUUGCACCCACCGGGAACGCAUGGAGCGCGCUUUACGGCACAUCAACGUCCGAUCUUCACCAAACCCGCUUGGUCCCCACCUCCAUUGUCACGACAACGCCGGACGCCCCUCUAUCCACCACAACCCCUUCCCAUAUCCACCCGCCACCCAGCCGCUUUUUCAUGUCCGUCAUGGAAGCAUUUCUGCCGGUGCGUCGGGAAACGGGCAUGGACUCUGACCCAGCUGUGGAUAUGGAGGAACAUCCCUUGGAAAGUACAACGAGGAAUGCGAAAGAUUGGGUUAAGACGGGUGCAUGUGAUGGGCCGAACAAACACGGCACAGCGGUGCCGCUGGGACGGACGGAGGAGGUAAAAAUAGAGGCGGCGUUCAGGCGGCUCUUGGGGGUUUGAAGGUGAAUCGCAAGCGAAGUUCUGGCGUGCAAGGAACAUGGCUCAACUUGAUUUGGGGCCAAAGCAUUCUCACUCGCGGCAAAGUGGUACAUAGACGAAGGGGCAUUCAGCGUGUUGCUGUUCAAAUUAGUUGUAGCGCUGUAGAAUGACCAUAUAAUUUUAUAUCUUGCAUUAUUCAUCAUUAAAAUUUGCCUGAGUUGGUCUUGGA